AUGAAAAAGCUGGCAAACAGAGUAGUGUUGGUGAAAAUAUUAGAGCCAUUUUCUCUCUAUCAUAGACUGUGCAAACCGGAAGUGACUCAGCGCUGCGAGGCGGCGGCUCCCUCCACACCCCACGUCCCCUCCCCCGCCCCCGCCCCUCGCCCCCAACCGCACUCCCCCACCCCCCCCCCGCCCCCCGCCUGUCUACUAGCAUCCGCCUCCCUUCUGCCCGCCUCCGGCCUCCCCCCCCGCUCCCCGCUCCUCCCCCCCGCCCCCUCCCGGCCACUCCCUCCUCCCCGACCCCCUCCCCCCUCCCCGGCCCGCACCCCCUCCUCCGACCCCCCCUCCGGACGCGGGCCCCCCACGCACACACACAACCACAACUACUGCCCUCCCCCACCCCCCCGCCUCUCCGCCACCCCGCCCCCAACCCCCCCUCCAUUCCCCCUCCUCAGCCCCACCCCCCCUCCCCCCCCGUCCUCCCCCCAACGGCCCCCCCCGCCCUCGCUCCUCCAUCUCUUCCCCCCGUCCCCGACCCAGCCGGACGACCCCACAGCGGGCCCACCCCCCCCCCGCCCCGAUCCACGCAGCCCUCGCACAACACCGCCUCGACCCCCCCGACCCUCCCCCCCCUCUUCCCCGCUAACGACCGGCCCCGCCACCCGACCCUACACUCACCCUCGUUCACUUCCCCCAUACGUUGGGCUGCUCCCACCGUCCCCCCCCGACUCCUACUCCACGUCCCCGCCCAACAUUCCCCCCGCCACCGCAACUCCCACCCCCACUGCGAACACCACCCCGCUCCCAAUCCAGCUCCUCCCUUUGGCGCCUCCCCUCCCCCCCACCCCUCAGCCCCCCCCCCCGCCGCCCCCACCGCCCCCCGCCCCCCCCCCACGCUCCUCACCCCCGCCCCGCCUUCACCGCCCCCCCUCGCUCCCUCCUCCCCCCACCCGCACCCCCGUCCGCACCCCCCCCCCGGCCCACCCCCCCCGCUCCCCCCCCGCUUACCCCCCCGCGCCCACACCUCCCCCCUCCCACUGCCCCCCGCCCGCCCGCCCCUCGCCCACCCCAUCACCCGCCACCCGUGCGACCCCCCUCCCCCCCACUCUCCCUACGCAUCCACCCCUCAGGCCUACUCGCUCGACGCACCACGUCGCGCCCCCCCUAACCCCCCCCGGCCCCCCAUCCCCCCCCCCCACACCCCCCACCUCCCCGAUCCCCGUACCCCCGCCCCCCACCCCUCACCUCGCCACCCCCACGCCCCCCCCCCCUCUGCCGCCCCCAACCCCCUCCCCCGCCGCCCCCGCCCUCCUCACGCCACCCCCUGCCCGCCCCCCCCCACCCCGCACCCCCGCCGCCCCCCGCCCUUACUCCCCCCCUCCCCCGCACCCCACCUCCCCCUUCCCCACGACCCUCCCCCCCCCUGCCACCACCACCACUCCAGCCACACCAACCUUCGGUGUAGCGACGCAUUCCGCCCCCCCCCUUCCCUCCUCAGCGUCCCCCAGCCACCCCUCCCUCCCCCCGCCUCCCCCCCACCCUACGCCCCCUCCCCCCCCCGCACACCCCACGGCACCCUUCCCCCCUCCCCCCCCCACCCGCCCCCCCCCCCCCCCACCCGUUCCCCCUCACCCCACCCCUCACCCUCGCCUCCCACCCGCCCCCCCCUACCCCGCCGUCCCUCGGGCCCCCACCUCGCACCCGCCUCCCCCACCCCCCCCCCCAACCCUUUACUCCCCGCGCCCCUCCCCACCCCGGCCCCUCCCCCCACCCAUCCAGCCCGCCCCUCCCUCCACGCCCCCCCCCCCAGCCCACCCACCCAACACCCCCGCGCACGGCCCCACCCCCCGUCACCCCACUUCCCCCUCCCCCCCAACCGCACCCACUCCCAUCCCUCCCCCCCCCCGCCCCCUCCCCCCCCCCGCCGCCGCCCCCCCUCGCCCGCCCACCCCACCCCCCCCCCCCCUCCUUCCCCGCCCCGGCCUCCCCCUCAAUUGA